UAAGUUAUUAAUAACCAGCCACACCUUAAUACUUGCAACUCUGCAGCUAAAAUUAGAUUUAUAUUUGUAGGUAUCACAAUGGUUGAGAUCCUACCAGGCCUGUUGUUAGGAGGAAUGAGUGACGUACAAUAUUUACUGAGAAGAAAGAGCACAGUUAAACUAACUCACCUCCUGUCAGUGGUAAAGGAGGCUCUGGAUUGGUCUGAUCUUCAUUCACCCAGUCCUGGUCCUAUCAGUUGUAAAUUAAUACAAGCCAUUGAUCUACCUUCCACUGACCUACUGAUACACUUUCCUGAAGCAACUGACUUUAUACAAGAGACUAUGGACACUGGCGGCACCAUACUGGUACACUGUGAAUAUGGACUGUCCAGGAGUGCCACUAUUGUCAUUGCAUAUUUCAUUAAAUAUCACAAGAUGUCUUUUAAUGAAGCAAUUGAUUUUGUUAAAGAGAAAAAACCUGACAUUAGACCUAAUGCUGGUUUCAUCAGUCAGUUAAAGUUAUGGUACAAAAUGAAAGGAACUUUAAAUGAAACUGAUAAGUCAUACAAAUCAUACAGACUGAGCCACCAGGCAAAAGCAAUGAAAGAUAAUGGAUACAUGAAGUCCAUGGAGAUGACUCCUGACCCAAUCAACAGGGACAAGGGAAGGAGCUGUUACUAUACCUGCAGAAAGUGCCGAAGAGUAUUGUUUGAUGAUGAGAGUGUCCUGCAGCAUGAACUAGGAGAAGGUUUUGAUGAUUAUAAAUACAAAGAACCAGUUCUUAAACCAGCACAUUAUGAGAGACAAGAAAAAGAAAUAGCAGCUACCGAUGAAGCUGUCGCUAGAUUAGGACAGGAAGUAUCUCAGAUAACGUUAGAAGGAAGAUCACAUGACGGUCACAUGAUCUCCUGUAGUUCAUUGUUCAUAGAGCCAGUAGAAUGGAUGGGCCCACUCAUCAUCGGAAGGAAAGAUGGAAAGUUGUCCUGCCCAAAGUGUUGCUCAAGAAUCGGUUCCUUUGAUUGGUCGGGUGGUCAGUGUUCCUGUGGUCGUUGGGUCACGCCCUCUUUCCAAAUACAUAAAAGCAAAAUUGAUUUUAAAAUUAAAUUAACUGAAACUCCACCUACUGCCACACCCACAACUAAAUCUUUACACUGAUCAUAAUCUAUUAUUAGUAACAACAUUACAUCACCAGUUCUAUUAAUAGUAUAAGUACAUGAUAAACCAGUUACUCUUUUGGAGGCCAUUUUCCUUCUUUGA